AAUAUUCUUACACCAGAGGAUUGCCUCUCUCUCUCUCUCUCUCUCUCUCUCUCUGCCUCUUCUCUUUCUCUCUCUAUAUUUGUAUAUUGUUUCUUACCUACAGCUAGAAAUUCCAUUUCUUUUGAUUUAAUUAAAAAGGGAGGGGAAUAACCAAGAAAGAGAAAAGGAGAGAAGGACAACCUUUGGGGAGAAGAGAGAGAGAUGAUGAGCACCUCCUCUGUUUUAUUAUGAUUAUUAUGCAUAUGCCUCUUCUUAGAUCUUAGUUUCUUCCAUUUUCCCAGCUGGGUUUCUCUUCAAAUGGAAUGUCUGAGUGAGAUUUGAUAGAUUCAUGAAGGAUCCGAUGUUCCUGGAUUGAAUUCGACUAUACCCACCUUGUGUUUGAUCGGAGUCUUCACUGACUUCUGACUAAAUUUGGAUAAGAAAAUGGAAUCAGAUUUCGGUAAACUAUUCAUAGGUGGGAUUUCCUGGGACACGGAUGAGAAUCGCCUUAAAGAAUAUUUCGACACAUAUGGUGAAGUGGUGGAGGCAGUGAUUAUGAGAGAUCGAGCUACGGGUCGUGCUCGUGGCUUUGGUUUUGUUGUCUUUGCUGAUCCUGCUGUUGCUGAAAGAGUGGUUAAGGAGAAGCACAUGAUUGAUGGUCGAACAGUUGAAGCAAAGAAGGCUGUUCCAAGGGAUGAUCAGCACAUUUUAAACAGAAACAAUAGCAGCAUUCAAGGAUCUCCUGGUUCUGGCCGCACAAAAAAGAUUUUUGUAGGAGGUUUAGCAUCUUCAGUCACUGAGAGUGACUUUAAGAAGUACUUUGAUCAGUUUGGUACGAUCACUGAUGUUGUGGUUAUGUACGAUCACAACACCCAAAGGCCAAGAGGCUUUGGAUUCAUCACUUAUGAUUCCGAGGAAUCAGUGGAUAGGGUGUUGCAUAAAACCUUUCAUGAACUCAAUGGUAAAAUGGUUGAGGUCAAGCGGGCAGUUCCAAAAGAGCUAUCCCCCGGGCCCAGCCGGAGCCCUCUGAUUGGAUAUAACUAUGGUAUAAGUAGGGCCAACAGCUUCCUUAAUAGCUAUGCUCAGGGAUAUAAUCUGAGCCCUGUUGGAGGCUAUGGAGCCCGGAUGGAUGGUAGAUUUAAUCCAAUUGGUAGUAGUCGUAAUACUUUCUCUCCAUUUGGUUCUCUUGGUUAUGGAAUGGGUGUGAAUUUGGACCCGGGGCUGAGCUUGAAUUUUGGAGGAAGCUCAAACUUUAGUAAUAAUGUUGGAUAUGGACGGGUUUUGAGUCCUUAUUAUAGUGGCAAUUCAAACAGAUAUAGUACUCCCAUUGGAUAUGGUGUCACUAACGUUCGAAAUGAUUCUCUUUUAACCUCGCCGACUCGGAAUGUCUGGGGAAAUAGUGGCCUGAAUAAUGCUGCAAACACUGGUAGCCCUAAUAACUACUUGGGCUCUGGAGGUGGGAGUUUUGGAGUGUUUGGAAACAAUGGAGCGAAUUGGGGUUCUACUAUUUCUCCUCAAGGUGGUGGCAAUUCUUCUGGCUAUACCACUGGAACUAUAGGGUAUUCGGGUGGAGAAAACAACUAUGGAUUGGGCAGUGGAGGAUUUGGAAGAAACAGUGGCACAAAUGUAGCUGCAACAUCAUCAUUUGCUGUUUCGAGUGGUGGUUAUGAGGGGUCCUACGGAGACUUGUAUCGCGGUGAUUCAGUGUAUGGUGAUUCGACUUGGAGGUCUGCAUCUUCUGAGAUAGAUGGUUCGGGUUCGUUUGGUUAUGGACUCAGUAAUGCAACAGAUGUCUCAGCUAAAGGUUCUGAGGGUUAUGUCGGAAGUUAUAGCAUAGCAAAUAGACAGGCAAAUAGAGGAAUUGCUGCAUAGAAGACUUAAUGUUCAAAUAUCAGAAGGUAACUGUAGGCGAAAAGAUUCCAGUGAAACAUGUGAAGAGACUGAAUUUCAUACACAUCCCCUCAUAAAUUAAUACAUCAGAUUAUAAGGAAAUUGGUCAUAUAAAGCUAACGGGGGUCCCUGAUAUGAAAUAUACUUAUUCAGAGAGACCAAUUACAAGGGAUUUUGUGAAGGUUUGAAUUUGUUUUUUUAUUAGGUUUGUUUCUUGGAAUUUGAUUGAGAUGAAGAGUUGAGCAUCUCUCCGGCAUGGUACCACUGGUAGUACAUCAAAAAAUAGAGUAUUAAUUCUUUUGGUUUUAUUUGUUCUUUUUAUCCCUUGUGACGUGUGGCACAGUUGCUACUCUUGUCCGUACAUCCUUUUUUUUCUUCUCUGGGAUGUUUUUUUCUCUCAGAUUGUAUGUGAGGUUCUGCUUGAUUUUUACUAGUGUGAAACAUUAGAGGGAUACCGACCUUGGAUCCCCAUUAAAUAAAUUACUGAAUAUCCUGAUUCAUUUUCUACUA